AUGCAGUGUAUGGCGUCUCCACCAUCCCUGGCCCAUGUCUAUAAGUUAUCAAUGGAACUUCCACCCGCAGCAAACCUUGACUUUGUCCCAUCCGCAAGGCAGAAGAGACAAUUCACCCCCCCAUUCAUGAAUGAACCACUUUGUUUCCCCUUACACAAAGACUUCAGCAACUAUGAAUAA